AUGGGUUCCAUGCCUAUGCGGACCAAGAUCGACGUCGAACAUGUCCUUUCAAAAUUGAAUAUUACAGAAAAGAUUGAUCUGUUGUCUGGCAUCGACUUCUGGCAUACCGCUCCUGUUCAUCGACUUGGUGUUCCUUCCAUACGCCUUUCCGAUGGUCCCAAUGGCGUUCGAGGAACUCGCAAUUUCUUGGGUGUGCCCGCAGCUUGUCUCCCAUGUGGAACCGGACUUGCAGCAACCUGGGAUGUUGAUCUAAUCCGAAAAGGUGGAUCACUUCAGGGCCACGAAGCCAUCGCCAAAGGUGCCUCAGUACUCCUUGGUCCAACAACAAACAUGCAGAGAUCUCCUCUUGGUGGCCGUGGUUUUGAGAGCUUCAGCGAGGAUCCCGUUCUUGCCGGCGCGAUGAGUGCUGCCACCGUCAAUGGUAUACAGUCUACCGGCGUUCAGGCUACGAUCAAACACUACGUCGCCAAUGACCAAGAGGAUCAGAGGCAAGCAGUCGACAGUAUUGUCACGGAACGAGCUCUUCGAGAAAUCUACCUCAUGCCUUUUAUGAUUGCACAGAGAGAUUCGAAACCAGACAGCUUCAUGACUGCCUACAACAAAGUGAACGGUCUGCAUGUCAGCGAGACCCCUCGACUUAUUCAAGACGUUCUUCGCAAAGAAUGGGGCUUUGAUGGAAUGGUCAUGAGUGAUUGGUUUGGAACAUAUUCAACCAGCGAAGCCAUCAAAGCUGGUCUCGAUCUCGAGAUGCCCGGACCGACUUAUAUCCGUGGAACACUGGUCAAUCAAGCGCUGACAUGUGGAAAACUUGGAGAACACCACAUCGACGACAGAGUGCGCGAAGUUCUCAAGAUGGUCCGCAAAGCUCAGGACCUCGGUCUUCAGGAAAACGCUCCCGAAGAAACAGUUGAUACACCUGAGACCGCAGCCCAACUCCGAGACCUAGCCGCCGAUGGCAUUGUGCUACUGAAAAAUGAGAACGACAUGUUGCCUUUCGACAAGAAAAAGUCAGUUGCAGUCAUUGGACCGAAUGCCGCCUAUGCUGCAUAUUGCGGUGGCGGGUCGGCUUCGCUCCUGCCAUACUACGCUGUCAGCCCGCUUGAAGGACUUCAAGCUCAGGCUCCACAUGCAAAAUAUGCCCUUGGGGCCCCAGGAUGGAAGUCACUCCCACUCAUGACUCGGUUGACCAAAACAAAAGAUGGCAAAAAAGGUUUGACCAUGAAGGUCUUCUUGGAUCCACCCUCUGUCAAGAAUCGCAAGCCUGUCGAUGAAGUACACGUCCCAAUUUCAGAUGUUCAGCUCACAGACUACCAACACCCUGAGGUCAAAACCCAUGUUUACUGGCUAGAGUUAGACGGUACCUUCACGCCUUCCGAGACAAGUGAGUACGAAAUCGGCCUGUCUGUGUCUGGAACUGGCAAGGUGUUUGUCAACGGAGAGUGUGUCGUUGACAACGAGACACAUCAGCGACGCGGAGACUCGUUUGGUGGAACUGGUACUGUCGAAGAAAUUGGAGUCCUCAAAAUGGACGCAGGGACUACAUAUGAUAUUCACGUCACCUUCGGUACUUGCCCUACCAUGAAAUUCACCAACCCUGGCUCCAAUGAUUACGAGUCUGGCGGGCUGAUACUUGGAUUGGAACGCAAGAUAGAGCUUGCAACCGAAAUCGAGCGCGCCGUCAAACUUGCCAAGGAGGUCGAUCAGGUGGUCCUCUGUGCCGGUCUCAACAAAUACUGGGAGUCCGAAGGCUAUGACCGAGAACACAUGGAUCUUCCACCAGGAAGUGAUGACUUGAUCAAAGCUGUUCUAGCAGCGAACCUCAAUACUGCCAUCGUCAUCCAGUCCGGAACCCCAAUAACUCUGCCGUGGCUGAAGGAGGCUCCAGCCCUGGUGCAGGCUUUCUAUGGCGGCAACGAAUCCGGCAAUGCCAUAGCGGAUAUUGUCUUUGGCAACACUAACCCCAGCGGGAAACUGCCGUUGAGCUUCCCAGUGAGAAACAAGGACAAUCCGGCCUUCUUGAACUACAAGUCAGAACGUCACCGAGCAGUAUAUGGUGAAGAUGUUUACAUUGGCUACCGGUUCUACGAAAAGACCAAGAAGGAGGUUGCCUUCCCCUUCGGUCACGGUCUCAGCUACACCACCUUCGACACCAAGGACCUGGACGUGCAAGAUGAUGAGGACGAAAUUGUGAUCUCUGCAACAGUGACAAAUACUGGCAAGAUUGAUGGAUCACAAGUUGUCCAGGCAUAUGUUUCGCAACAGAACCCAAGUCUGAACCGACCAAAGAAAGAAUUGAAAGGGUUUACCAAAGUCUUUGUCAAAUCCGGAACAAGCGAGAGAGUCACGAUUGUUCUUUCUAAGAAGUAUGCUGCAAGCUUCUGGGAUGAGGCGCGUGAUGCUUGGACCAUGGAGAAGGACAUUUAUGAUGUCUUGGUCGGUAACUCCAGCGCAUCCACUCCCCUCAAGGGACAAUUCGAAGUGCACAAAACAUCUUGGUGGAGAGGUCUGUGA